ACGCCCCCUUCCACGUCGACCUGCACUCUCGCCAUAUUUCCACUCCUGUGAAGCUUGCAACCUGGUUUGCUGCUAAAUAGAAGAGGAGAGUGUUUUCCACAAGACAGCAGUAGGCGUAAAACGAUUUACAUCUCCGUUAGCUUUCCGGGUAGUGCUUGUUAAUUCAUUGUGCAACAAUGAACGUCUUCAGACUGACAGGGGACCUUUCUCAUCUGGCUGCUAUCAUCAUCCUGCUACUCAAAAUAUGGAAAAGCAGGUCAUGUGCAGGUAUCUCUGGAAAGAGCCAAAUCCUGUUUGCUGUAGUGUUCACCACCCGCUACUUGGAUCUGCUCACCUCCUUUAUCUCCCUCUAUAACACAAGCAUGAAGUUGAUCUACAUCGGCUGUGCAUACGCCACAGUUUACCUGAUCUACAUGAAAUUCAGGGCAACCUAUGAUGGCAACCAUGACAGUUUCAGAGUGGAGUUCCUGGUUGUUCCCGUCGGGGGUCUUGCUGUUCUCAUCAACCACAACUUCUCUCUCAUGGAGAUCCUGUGGACGUUCUCCAUCUACCUGGAGUCGGUGGCAAUCCUGCCUCAGCUCUUCAUGAUCAGCAAGACUGGCGAGGCAGAGACCAUCACCACCCACUACCUGUUCUGCCUGGGCCUCUAUCGGGCCCUCUAUCUUCUCAACUGGAUCUGGCGUUAUUACUUUGAAGGCUUCUUAGACAUGAUCGCCAUCUUGGCCGGAUUGGUCCAGACUAUCCUCUACUGUGACUUCUUCUACCUUUAUGUCACCAAAGUGUUGAAAGGCAAGAAGCUGAGCCUGCCGGCGUAAAACCUACAGAAGGAGAUGGAGACUCCCAGCAGACUCAGGGUGGUGGGGAGAUCACAUGAUGUUAUCUGGUGACCCACAGCAAAAGAUGCCUGAGGCAGAGAGCCAAUUAUCGGGGUGGGGGGGUGGGGGGGGGGAUGACACACGCUAGUCUUCUUGAUGAUUGCUGAUGGACAACUGGUAAAUGCCAACAAACACCAGAGCUGAACAAAAUUCAUACUAGGUCAACCUUUGGAUUUCUGUUCAGCAUCUUGCCUUAAACGUCUUUUCAUUGCUGUUCGAAUGAGAAAAAAAGGCAUUUUUUUUCUACAUGUGAGGUGUAUACGCUUGUUUUUUAUUUUUUUUAUAAUGUCACAAAUAGGGUCGACUCCGAGAAGUACCGUGUUUGACUUGGUAAUGAAUACGCAAUGUACGUCCUUGAGUGAGACUAAAGAGGUAAUGCAUCUGAGUGCCUGAUGAGGAUUAUGUCCACUUUGGCACAGUUUUUCUUUUUACUUUCGGAUUUUCUUUUUGUCUGCAUAUACUGUAAUACAUGUUCCUUCUCAUGGAAAUAUUUAAAGAUGCCAACAGCAACAGUUUCAUGCCAACGCACACAAGCAUUUUGUAAAACAUUUUAACUUUCUUCUAUAAAUCUGACAAUUUUGUAAGCAGAACUCAUGAGAAGAUUUUUUGUUUCACUUUAGGUUAAAGAAGUAACCCACGAAAUAAAUUGAAUGACGGCAAUCUUUUGGACAUAGAUGUCAGCAUUUUUAAAUGGUGGCUUUCUCAUUAUAAUUAAACCUUUUCAUGUGUUUAUUGAAUUUUUUUUCCUUCAGCUUACUGUAUUGAAGAAGAAAAAAAUACAUCAAUUCUAGAGCUUUACAAUAGAUUUCACACAAUCUUUUUACAAUGCUAAAUCACAUUUGGGACGUAGAUGGUGCACAAACUUUACUGCUGCCAGCAUUGCACCCCGAUAACUCGUGAACACCUUCAACAGUGACUUGUCGGUUAUCUCAAGGUAGAAAUCCAUAAAUAAAGCAAGAGUUAAGCAAUGACGGGAUGACUGAAUAGGGAGAUUUGGGCAUGAGAUCCUAUAGCACUUUGACAUUUCACUUCUUAACUAUAGAUCUGGAGUGUGAAGAGAUUUGACACGAUGCCGAUCGAUUAUUGAGAUGUUCAAUGGGUGCUUUUUAUUAAAUUUACAGGCCUCUUAUUUUGAAUUCUUUUUUCAAAGUAGUCAUUCCUAAAGGAUUAUUUCAACUUUUUGUCUUUUUGUGCAUGAUAACGCCUCCAUUAAAGAUUUUAUGAGAAUCAC